AUGGAAGUAAACGCCGAAAGUUAUUUUCCCUCUCCGCCCUUGGCCACGUCCAUCGUCCGCCAUCGGAGGCUCCCGAAUGCGGAUCUCGCGCUCGAGCUUCCCUCCCGCGACUUCCACGGCCGCCGCUUCCUUCUCCCUCCCCUGCCGCUGCCGUCGCCGCCGGCUCGCUCUCUCUCCGUUGGUUUCUCCAACGAUCAUCCCGAUUUCCUGCUCUCGGACUUCAACACGCUUCGGGUCCUCGGCCACGGCAACGGAGGUACCGUCUACGAGGUUCGCCACCGCCGGACCGCAGCCGUGUUCGCGCUCAAGAUGGUCCGCGCCGACGUCUCGCUACGCCACCAGGUGCAGCGCGAGGUCGACAUCCUCCGCCGCACGGUUGGAUGUCGCCACGUCGUCCGAUUCCACUCCCUCGUCCGAACUCCCUCCGCCGACGUCGCGCUCCUCCUCGAGAACAUGGACCGGGGAUCCACCGACGCACUUCUCCGCCGCCGCGGUCGCCGCCCCUUUCCGGAGCUCGCUCUGGCGGCCGUCGCUCGCCAGGCUCUCCUCGGCCUCGCGGAGCUGCACUCCCGCCAGAUCGUGCACCGCGACAUCAAGCCUGCGAACCUCCUCGUCAACUCCGCCGGCGAGGUCAAGAUCGCCGACUUCGGGGUGGGCAAGGUGCUGCUGCGAUCCCUCGACCCGUGCGACUCGUACGUCGGCACGUGCGCGUACAUGAGCCCGGAGCGGUUAGACUCGGUCACCUACGGGGCGGACUACGAUCCGUACGCGGCGGACGUGUGGAGCCUGGGGCUGGCAGUGCUGGAGCUGCACCAGGGACACUUCCCGCUGCUUCCGGAGGGGGUGCCGCCAGAUUGGGCGGCGCUGAUGGUGGCGAUCUGCUUGGGGGAGGCGAAGGGGGUUUUACCGGAAGGGGCGGCGUCGGACGAAUUCAGGGCCUUCAUCGACUGCUGCCUGCGCAAGGAGAGCGGGAAGCGGUGGUCGGUGGCGGAGUUGCUGGGUCACCCGUUCGUGUCCGGCGCGGACCGCGACGAGUCGAAGCAGGCGCUCCGGGACUUUCUGCAGGAUAACUCGGACGAGUCGCCCGUGUUAAAAGAACCGAGGAAAUUAGGGCAAAUUCCCCCAAUUUCGAUCUUCUAAUUCAAUUUAACAAUUUUUUUUGUAAUUAUGCAUAUAAAUCUGGCAACUUAUUAGAAUUUGCGUAAUUUCUGCUUGUGUAAAUAUCUGCACAAUGCUCCUUUAUUUGAACUUGUCCAGACAUGUAACAUGUCGUUUGUUUGUUUCGCACCAAUCUCAGAAUUCAACUUUAU